AUGUACGAGUCCCUCAGCCCCUAUGUCUCCGACCGAACCCCUACCCUGGUCUCAAGCCGCAUUUGGCCCCGUAUAAUAGUCCGCGGACACCAGGACGUCCUUAUAUGUGGCGCCAAUAACGAGGAUACGUCGUUCGAUAGGCAACGGACAACCGCGAAAAUGAUUGAUAGUGAGACUCUGGAGAUAUGCUGCUUUCCUGGGAAGGAUCAUGUACACCAUUAUGCGCUUCUGAUAGCAUACCAUCUUGCCCUUAACGAUAUACAACAAUCCUCUGUGAUCGAAUGCAAUUUACCUACCAAAGUUGAUACCAUGGGUGUAAUCGAGCAGUCGAAUCUUCGAUCAAUGGGAAAGGUUGAUACGGUUGUGCUGGGGUGUGUUGAAGACCUGGUGGUGCCUACAGAUGAACAAGAUCAAUGGGAAACAGGGACCAGCACUGCCAAUCGACUCUUUGCCUGGAAGUUGUUUCGUCGGAGAGAAGGAGGGGUUGUGUCAUUCCUUACAUGUCUGUUUCGCCCUUGGGGUGAUAUCUUGGACACUGUGGUUCGUGCUCUACGACACCUGAACGAUGUUUCCUGUGUUCUCUACACAGGCAAGGCCGGUUCUCUACGACCAGAUGAUAUUCCAAAUGACAUGUUAGUGACGGGUGAUAUCAGCUAUGUGGCUGGAAAGCGAGUAACCUGGGAUAAUGUCCUCGAACCUGCGAUAUCAGCAGCCAGAACUUCGAAGGUAUGUCGUGGGAUAAAUGUGACGGUUAUGAGUCCCCUGGUAGAGACUGACGCCUGGCUCAAUGAGUGGAAUGGGAGAGCGGAUUGGGUUGACUGUGAGGUUGGACACGCUGCGGAGGCUUGUCAUGUAAGUCAAAUGAGAUUCGGCUACUUGAAUCUGAUCUCAGAUAAUGUGGCAUGA